GGCUUUCACAUGGAGGGGUCACUGCACUGUUCCCUUGACCUUAUUCGGACUCAACAACUCAUCAGGGAUUCAUCGUCUCCUUCCUGCUAGCCUACCAAAAAAUCUCUCACCUUCAACCCCACCUCCCUCUUCCUCCCUAACGUGACACUUAUCAUACACAUCCUUCUUUUAUAAUCCCUCCAAAACUCAUAACACCCUUCUUUCUAUCUCUAUCAUUCUUAUACACCACCUUCCUUUUCUUCCUCCCAUGGUGCUUCUUCCACUCUUCUACCCAUGUCUCUGCCCAAUUUCCACUUCUCUCUUCCAAGGUGGAUUGGACUGUUCCAGUGCGGAAAUAUUCAGAAAGAAAGAGGCGAAAACAACGAUGGCAGCAGCGAUGAUAAUCCCAUUUCCACCUCCAUCGAGUGCUACGCCUGCACCCAGGUUGGCGUUCCCGUUUUCCAUUCCACUAGCUGCGACCAGGCUAACCAGCCCGAAUGGGAGGCCUCUGCUGGCUCAUCCUUAGUGCCCAUCAAGGCUCGAUUCUCUGGUUCUACUCGGAAGAGCCCCGCUCGAACCCAGGGUGGUCGCCGGCUCCGGGGACCAUUCGGGACCGUGCUGGACCCGCGGAGCAAACGCGUGCAACGGUGGAACCGCGCGUUCCUGCUGGCUCGAGGGAUGGCUCUGGCCGUCGACCCGUUAUUCUUCUAUGCACUAUCGAUCGGGCGAGGUGGGUCCCCCUGCCUCUACAUGGACGGAGGGCUGGCGGCCCUCGUGACGGUGCUUCGGACGUGCUUUGACGCCGUUCACCUCUGCCAUCUUUGGCUGCAGUUCAAGCUGGCGUACGUGUCAAGAGAAUCGCUCGUGGUGGGGUGCGGAAAGCUCGUGUGGGACGCACGUGCCAUCGCUUCCCACUACGUCAGGUCCCUUAAAGGUUUCUGGUUCGAUGCCUUCGUGAUCCUCCCGGUUCCCCAGGCUGUGUUCUGGUUAGUUGUGCCAAAAUUGAUCAGAGAAGAGAAGAUUAAGCUGAUAAUGACGAUUCUCCUGUUGAUCUUCUUGUUCCAGUUCCUCCCCAAGGUUUAUCACAGCAUUUGCUUGAUGAGAAGAAUGCAAAAAGUAACAGGCUAUAUCUUCGGCACAAUUUGGUGGGGCUUUGGCCUUAAUCUCAUCGCCUAUUUUAUUGCCUCUCAUGUUGCUGGAGGAUGCUGGUAUGUCCUUGCAAUACAGCGUGUAGCCUCGUGCCUUAGGCAACAAUGUGAAAGGACUGCAAGGUGCAAUCUAUCUUUGUCGUGCUCGGAGGAGGUUUGUUAUCAGUUCUUGUUACCUGACGACACAGUUGGAAAUCCUUGUGGUGGUAACUCAACUGCAACAUUUAGAAAGCCAUUAUGCUUAGAUGUGAAUGGACCAUUCCGUUAUGGGAUCUAUCAGUGGGCUCUUCCUGUUGUCUCUAGCAAUUCAAUUGCUGUUAAAGUCCUUUAUCCCAUUUUUUGGGGCUUGAUGACCCUCAGCACCUUUGGCAAUGAUCUUGAACCCACAAGUCACUGGCUAGAAGUGAUAUUCAGUAUAUGCAUUGUACUAAGUGGUUUGUUGCUGUUCACUUUAUUGAUUGGUAACAUUCAGGUGUUUUUGCAUGCUGUCAUGGCAAAGAAGAGGAGAAUGCAGCUGAGAUGUCGAGACAUGGAAUGGUGGAUGAAGCGUAGACAGUUGCCUUCCCGUUUGAGGCAGAGAGUUCGCCAUUUUGAACGCCAGAGAUGGGCAACCAUGGGAGGUGAAGAUGAGAUGGAACUAAUCAAAGACUUGCCUGAAGGGCUGAGGAGAGCCAUUAAGCGCUACCUUUGCCUUGACCUUGUCAAAAAGGUACCUCUGUUUCACAAUUUGGAUGAUCUGAUUCUUGACAACAUUUGUGAUCGGGUUAAGCCACUUGUCUUCUCUAAAGAUGAAAAGAUAAUUAGAGAAGGAGAUCCCGUGCAAAGGAUGGUGUUUAUCGUCCGAGGUCGCAUAAGACGUAGCCAAAGCCUUAGCAAAGGGAUGAUUGCCACAAGUGUGCUGGAGCCAGGAGGGUUUUUGGGUGAUGAACUGCUGUCCUGGUGCCUUCGCCGCCCAUUCAUAGACCGCCUUCCAGCCUCAUCUGCAACAUUUGUCUGUAUAGAAGCCAUAGAAGCAUUUGGUCUUGAUGCAAACCAUCUUAGGUACAUAACAGAUCACUUCCGCUACAAAUUUGCGAACGAGAGGCUUAAGCGAACAGCAAGAUACUACUCAUCCAACUGGCGAACAUGGGCAUCUGUAAAUAUACAACUUGCUUGGCGUCGGUACAGGACGAGGACUAGAGGUCCAAUAAGUCCUGUUGUGGAACAUGGAAGCAGCAACGAGCGCCGGCUGCUACAGUAUGCUGCAAUGUUCAUGUCAAUCAGGCCACAUGAUCACCUUGAAUAAAAGCUAUAUGGAAGUAUUUGGGUCAGUGUUCUCUGCUGCCCCAUUGUGGAAUAAAUGUUAAUUGUUUCCCUAAGCACAGAAUUAUUCACCAUGGAGAUCAUGGAAGUAUCUGUUGUAGAAUAUGAGAAUAUUGGAUGGAGCUUAAUUCUUUGGAAGAGAAUAAAUAAAUUUGUUUUCUUGCU